CAUACGGGGCUCCCAAUGGCCGACGACAGCGACAGUGGAUGGCUGUGGUAUUCCGAAACAUCUCAGAAUUCGAUUGGAGAAGUGACAUACACCAAUGCCAUUUUAGACCAAGCAGUAGCUCAUACCAGCAUGGCUGAGGCAGAUCUGAAGGCAGAUACACAGAGCCCUACAGCCAACCAGAGGUUUUCUUACUCACGCUCCAGUAGUAUAGGCUCCCUGCCUGGCAUCAGUCAUUCUUCAGCCUCCUCUGCACACAACACAGAUGAUGAGGACAGUGAUACACAGAGUACCAGUAGUAAAACGGCCAGUAACUACAAGGACAGGAGAAGAGAAGCCCACACACAGGCGGAACAGAAGAGGAGAGAUGCCAUUAAGAAAGGCUAUGAUGAACUGCAGACCAUCGUCCCCACCUGUCACAAUGCAGUGGAUGCUGUGGGUACACAGAAACUGAGUAAAGCAGCCGUACUUCAGCGAUCAAUUGACUACAUCCAGUAUUUGGUGCAACAGAAAAAGAAGCAGGAAGAGGACUUGGAGUCUUUGAGAAAAGAGGUCUUGGCCCUCAAGAUCAUGAAAGCCAAUUAUGAACAUAUAGUGAAAGCUCACCAGAGUACUCCACAGCAUGGCCAGAACCAGGUGCCAGAUGAAGUCAAAUUUCAAGUGUUCCAACAAAUGAUGGAUGCUCUGUUUCAAUCUUUCAAUGCCUCAAUCUCAGUAGCCAACUUUGCAGAACUCUCUGGCUGUAUUUUCAGUUGGCUGGAGGAGUACUGCAAACCACAGAGCCUGAGGGAGUUGGUGCUUGCUGUUCUCAGACAGACCACAUCCCAGAUGAACCUUUGAUACAAACCAGAUACCAGUACAGAUAGACUUCCAGCUCAGAAAGACAAUAACUGGGUCAUAUUCCAACCAG